AUACCAGGGUGGUGAGGCAUUGAGAGAAGCAUCCUGGGCGGGUGUGUGCUUGUCGGUGUACCUUGCGUGGAGCAAGGAUUGCUGCACCCAGCACCAGGCACUGGAGGAGGAGGAAUCCGUAGCAGAGAUCUGAAUAAUUGAUUCUUCAGCAGCACCAGACGCCCGGGAGCGGGCGGAGAGCGUGGUUUCAGCACCAAGGUUGCGUGCCACCGCAGGCUCCCCCCGUCACCAGCCAGACACCUAGGUCGGCCUUGUUCCGCUGCCGCCGUGCGCUCCAGAAGAGGGUGGCCGCGCUCCGCGUCGCCGCCUAGGAACUGCGGGGUCUGCCUCGGCCCGCCUCCGGGGUGGGCGGCUGCAGGCGGACCAGAGCUCCAAACAACGUCGGAUUGCGCGGGGGUUGCUGCGUUGCGUCUCGCUGGCUGAGAACAAGUCCUAAGUUGCUGUGGUGGGCGCCUCUGCUUUCCUCUAUCCUCCUAGGCGACCGCAGCAGAAGCGCGCCCCAGGAUCCUGGCUUCUCCAGUGCUGUGAACCGCGGUGGCCAGGCUCUUUCCUGGGCUCCCGCUGACCAAGUGACGAACCGAACGCCCAGCGCGGAGCUGGCCCUUCAGCGAAGGGCCGGGAGGGAGCUGCGGUCCUCCGCCUGCGCCCUUCUCGGCCAGGGACCGCGGGGAUCCCCGGCCACACGCGCGCGCGCGCUCCCACACUCACACACACACACACACACACACACACACACACACACACACACACACACACACACACUCACGCAGCCAAGCAGGAGCAGGACUGCGGAGAGGGUGUCCAGGCGCGCUCAGAGGACCUGGCAGCCGCUGUCCGGAGUGGAGCAGAAAGCUGAGCCAGGGCUCUAGGAGAGAGGCUCCUGGGGUGCUGUGCCUGAGCAUGGGGCCGGAUGAGCUCUGAGAGUCGCGGCGGCAGCAAUCAGCCCUGGAGAUGACCAGGGGUGGCCACUGCUGAGAACUAUGUGGAGAGAGGCUGCGAGCCCUGCUGCAGAGCCUCCGGCUGGGAUAGCCGCCCCCCGUGGGGGUGAUGCGGACAGCGCGGGACAGCCAGGGGAGCGCGCAGGGGCCGCAGCAUGCGGGAACCCGCUAAACCUGGUGGCUGCUGAGGCGGCCGAGAUGCUCGUGCGCGCAGCACGCCCCAUUGCAUCCUCCACCUUCUCCGGCUACAGGGACCCUAAGUGGCGACCAUGGGCAGACUGGGCUACUGGACCUUGCUGGUAUUGCCAGCCCUUCUGGUCUGGCACGGUCCGGCGCAGAACGCGGCGGCGGAGAAGGGUACUCCAGCGCUGAACAUUGCGGUGCUGCUGGGUCACAGCCACGACGUGACUGAACGCGAACUUCGAAAUCUGUGGGGCCCGGAGCAGGCAACCGGCUUGCCCCUGGAUGUGAACGUGGUGGCGUUAUUGAUGAACCGCACUGACCCUAAGAGCCUCAUCACGCAUGUGUGCGACCUCAUGUCCGGGGCGCGCAUCCAUGGCUUGGUGUUUGGAGAUGAUACGGACCAAGAGGCUGUGGCUCAGAUGCUGGAUUUUAUCUCCUCACAGACUUUCAUCCCCAUCUUGGGCAUUCAUGGGGGUGCAUCUAUGAUCAUGGCUGACAAGGAUCCGACAUCCACGUUCUUCCAGUUUGGAGCAUCCAUCCAGCAGCAAGCCACAGUUAUGCUGAAGAUCAUGCAGGAUUAUGACUGGCAUGUCUUCUCCCUGGUCACCACCAUCUUCCCUGGUUACAGAGACUUCAUCAGCUUCAUCAAGACAACAGUGGACAACAGCUUUGUGGGCUGGGAUAUGCAGAACGUGAUCACACUGGACACCUCUUUUGAGGAUGCCAAGACACAGGUCCAGCUGAAGAAGAUCCAUUCUUCUGUCAUCCUGCUCUACUGUUCCAAGGAUGAGGCUGUCCUCAUCCUGAGCGAGGCUCGCUCCCUUGGCCUCACCGGCUACGAUUUCUUCUGGAUUGUCCCUAGUUUGGUCUCUGGGAACACAGAGCUCAUCCCCAAAGAGUUUCCAUCAGGUCUCAUUUCAGUCUCUUAUGACGACUGGGACUACAGCCUGGAGGCAAGAGUGAGAGACGGUCUUGGGAUCUUAACCACUGCCGCAUCUUCCAUGUUGGAGAAAUUCUCCUACAUUCCUGAGGCCAAGGCCAGCUGCUACGGGCAGACAGAGAAGCCGGAGACCCCGCUACACACUCUGCACCAGUUUAUGGUCAAUGUGACGUGGGAUGGCAAGGACUUGUCCUUCACUGAGGAAGGUUAUCAGGUGCACCCCAGGCUUGUGGUGAUCGUGCUGAACAAGGACCGGGAAUGGGAAAAGGUGGGCAAGUGGGAGAACCAGACUCUGAGCCUGAGGCAUGCUGUGUGGCCAAGGUAUAAGUCCUUUUCUGACUGUGAGCCAGACGACAACCACCUCAGCAUUGUCACCUUGGAGGAAGCCCCCUUCGUCAUCGUAGAAGACAUAGACCCACUGACUGAGACUUGCGUCAGGAACACGGUACCCUGUCGGAAGUUUGUCAAGAUCAACAACUCAACCAAUGAAGGGAUGAAUGUGAAGAAGUGCUGCAAGGGGUUCUGCAUCGACAUCCUCAAGAAACUGUCCAGAACUGUAAAGUUCACCUAUGACCUCUACCUGGUGACCAAUGGGAAGCACGGGAAAAAGGUUAACAAUGUGUGGAAUGGAAUGAUAGGCGAGGUGGUCUAUCAACGAGCAGUCAUGGCCGUGGGCUCCCUCACCAUCAAUGAGGAGCGUUCGGAAGUGGUGGACUUCUCCGUGCCCUUUGUGGAGACAGGAAUCAGCGUCAUGGUCUCCAGGAGUAAUGGCACUGUCUCCCCUUCUGCUUUCCUUGAACCCUUCAGCGCCUCUGUCUGGGUGAUGAUGUUCGUGAUGCUGCUCAUUGUCUCUGCCAUUGCUGUCUUCGUUUUUGAAUACUUCAGUCCUGUUGGAUACAACAGAAACUUAGCCAAAGGGAAAGCUCCCCAUGGGCCUUCUUUUACUAUUGGAAAAGCUAUAUGGCUCCUCUGGGGCCUGGUCUUCAACAAUUCUGUGCCUGUCCAGAAUCCUAAAGGUACAACCAGCAAGAUAAUGGUGUCAGUGUGGGCCUUCUUUGCCGUCAUCUUCCUUGCAAGUUACACAGCCAACCUGGCUGCCUUCAUGAUCCAGGAGGAGUUUGUGGACCAAGUGACUGGCCUCAGUGACAAGAAGUUCCAGAGACCUCAUGACUAUUCUCCGCCUUUCCGAUUUGGGACAGUACCCAAUGGAAGUACAGAGAGGAAUAUUCGUAACAACUACCCCUAUAUGCACCAGUACAUGACCAAAUUCAACCAGAGGGGAGUAGAGGAUGCCUUGGUCAGCUUGAAAACUGGGAAGUUGGACGCUUUCAUCUAUGACGCAGCUGUCUUGAACUACAAGGCCGGGAGGGAUGAAGGCUGCAAACUGGUGACCAUUGGGAGCGGGUACAUCUUUGCCACCACAGGCUAUGGAAUUGCUCUGCAGAAGGGCUCGCCCUGGAAGAGGCAGAUUGACCUCGCUCUGCUCCAGUUUGUUGGUGAUGGUGAGAUGGAAGAGCUGGAGACACUGUGGCUUACGGGCAUCUGUCACAAUGAGAAGAAUGAGGUGAUGAGCAGCCAGCUGGACAUCGACAACAUGGCAGGAGUGUUCUACAUGCUGGCUGCAGCUAUGGCCCUCAGCCUCAUCACCUUCAUCUGGGAGCACCUCUUCUACUGGAAGCUGCGCUUCUGCUUCACAGGCGUGUGUUCUGACCGGCCUGGGCUGCUCUUCUCCAUCAGCAGGGGCAUCUACAGUUGCAUCCAUGGAGUGCACAUUGAAGAAAAGAAGAAGUCUCCAGACUUCAAUCUGACCGGGUCACAGAGCAACAUGCUAAAGCUUCUUCGGUCAGCUAAAAACAUCUCCAACAUGUCCAACAUGAACUCCUCGAGAAUGGACUCACCCAAAAGAGCUACUGACUUCAUCCAAAGAGGGUCACUUAUUGUGGACAUGGUUUCAGACAAGGGAAAUUUGAUAUACUCAGACAACAGGUCCUUUCAAGGGAAGGACAGUAUAUUUGGAGAAAACAUGAAUGAACUCCAAACAUUUGUGGCCAACAGGCACAAGGAUAAUCUCAGUAACUAUGUGUUUCAAGGACAGCAUCCCCUCUCUCUUAAUGAGUCCAACCCUAACACAGUGGAGGUGGCUGUCAGCACUGAAUCCAAAGGGAACUCCCGACCCCGGCAGCUUUGGAAGAAAUCCAUGGAGUCUCUACGCCAGGAUUCUCUAAACCAGAACCCAGUCUCCCAGAGGGAUGAGAAGUCUGUAGAGAAUAGGACCCACUCCCUAAAGAGUCCUAGGUAUCUUCCAGAAGAGGUAGCCCACUCUGACAUUUCUGAAACCUCAAGCCGGGCCACGUGCCACAGGGAGCCAGAUAACAAUAAGAACCACAAGACCAAGGAUAACUUCAAAAGGUCAAUGGCCUCUAAAUACCCCAAGGACUGUAGUGAGGUUGAACGUACCUAUGUGAAAACCAAAGCAAGUUCUCCCAGGGAUAAGAUCUACACCAUCGAUGGUGAGAAGGAGCCCAGCUUCCAUGUAGAUCCUCCACAGUUCAUUGAAAACAUAGCCCUGCCUGAGAACGUGGACUUCCCAGAUAGCUACCAAGAUCACAAUGAGAAUUUCCGCAAGGGGGACUCCACACUGCCCAUGAACAGGAACCCACUACACAAUGAAGAUGGGCUCCCCAACAAUGACCAGUAUAAACUCUAUGCCAAGCACUUUACCUUGAAAGACAAAGGUUCCCCACACAGUGAGGGCAGUGAUCGAUAUCGGCAGAACUCCACGCAUUGCAGAAGCUGCCUCUCAAACCUGCCCACCUACUCGGGCCACUUUACCAUGAGAUCUCCUUUCAAGUGUGAUGCCUGUCUGCGGAUGGGGAACCUCUAUGACAUUGAUGAAGACCAGAUGCUUCAGGAGACAGGUAACCCAGCUACUCGGGAGGAGGCCUACCAGCAGGACUGGUCACAGAACAACGCCCUCCAGUUCCAGAAGAACAAGCUAAGGAUGAAUCGACAGCACUCCUACGAUAACAUUCUCGACAAACCCAGGGAGAUAGACCUUAGCAGGCCCUCCCGGAGCAUAAGCCUCAAGGACAGGGAAAGGCUACUGGAGGGCAACUUAUAUGGGAGCCUGUUCAGUGUCCCCUCAAGCAAACUCUUGGGGAACAAAAGCUCCCUUUUCCCCCAAGGCCUUGAGGACAGCAAGAGAAGCAAGUCUCUCUUGCCGGACCAUACCUCUGAUAAUCCUUUCCUCCACACGUAUGGGGAUGACCAACGCUUAGUUAUUGGGAGAUGUCCCUCGGACCCUUACAAACACUCAUUGCCAUCACAGGCAGUAAAUGACAGCUAUCUUCGGUCAUCCUUGAGGUCAACGGCAUCAUAUUGCUCCAGGGACAGUCGGGGCCACAGUGAUGUGUAUAUUUCAGAGCAUGUUAUGCCUUAUGCUGCAAAUAAGAAUAACAUGUACUCUACCCCCAGGGUUUUAAAUUCCUGCAGCAAUAGACGUGUGUACAAGAAAAUGCCUAGUAUUGAAUCUGAUGUCUAAGAUCUUCCAUCAGUGUUUAUCUAUAAGGAAACAUAUAGAAUGGCCAACAUUAUAGAGGGUAAACGUUGGAUGUCCGAUAGCACCCUACUAGGAGGAAGAGGAGAUAGGGAGGUAUUAUUAUUUUUUUGUUGUUGUUGGCUCUUUUGCACAUGGCUCCGUGCCAUAAUCUUCCACUCAAGGAAUCUUAUGCGGUAUGUGCUGCUGAGCACAGCACAUACCAGAUAGGUGAAUCCUUAACCAAAAACAAAUGAAUACAUGUGGGCAGGUCUUCCAGACAUGGUGACUGGGUAUGGCGGCAAUAAUGGUGCAUCAGACAGUGACGGUUAUAUUGUGGUUGCCUAUAUUCCAAAUUCCAUGAAGAUCAAUCCACCAUGUAACUUCCCCAUCAGAAAUGUCUCACAGUUUCUCUAAUACAGAAUAAGCAAUAUGGUAUGCAUGUAAGUCUGACACAGACAAUAAGACAGAUAAGAAUGCAUCUGCACUGUAAUAAGAUUGACAUGUGCAAGGUUUAAGAAGUUUGGCUUGUAACAGUUCUCAGCUUUCUUGUUAUGCCUUCCAUUACAACCCUGGAUCAGCCCCCCCAAAUUCCAGGCUCCCCCCCCCAAAGAAUAGCAAAUCAGUGUGUUUGUGGUACCUACACUACUUUCAUUGUAGUCUUCCCCCAAGACACACCUGGAACAAAUAGCCACAGGGACUCUCAGGUGGAGAACUGUAAGAAUCUCUUUGGAUGUUAAUGUGUGUGUAUCUCUCACCCUCAGCUUCAAUGGUCUUGUUCGGAGCUGCAUAAACAGUUUUAUGUCUUCGAUAUCUAAGUGUGGAUCUUCUGUCUAUGACAUAGUGGCCGUUGUAGUUUAUCUUGAAGACUCUUAUGUACGUAAGUUUGCAUUCUUCCUUUCUGGUGAUGACUCAGGGUUGUACAGUAUCUCUUACCCGAUCCCUCCCAGAGUGAUUGUAACAUGUUCUGUCCCCAGACAGCCACGAUGGUGUCUAAUUAGCUAUGUGUUGUGUUCCCAGAGUUGUUAAUGUGGUGACAUGUGCCAGCAGCCAUGUGUAAUCUGUAAGAAAUACAAUGCCAUCUGUGUGCCCAAGGCUAGCAUGGUUUUACAUUUAUGUCCCUUAAUGUCAGGAAACUCUAUUAGUCACUUAUUUCUAUACAAACCACCUCAAAUCAAAAGCUUUCAGACAUCAGCCACUUGUGCAUCUCCCCACCCCCACCCCCACCCCCAGCACCCUCCCAACUGUGGAUAAACUUGGUUUAAAAAAAGGGGGGGUGGGAAUUCUCUCCUCUGAAAUGUGCACCUUCUUGGAGGUGCACCUCUUGCCCAGCACCAACAGAAACCAAUGAGAAGUCUUCAAAGCAUUUGUCAUUCCUGAGCUGCCUGCGUUGUCCUAUUCUUGGCCCACUAAGCCUGCGCAUAUAUGAUAGAACAGAUAGUCGUUAGUUUAAAAAAAAAAAUGAAGCCGGUGAGGGGAAUAUUCGUGCAUGGAAAAUUUCUUAGCACAUAAUUUUUUACCACAUUUUUAAAAAGAUUCAAAACGUAGUUAUGAUACUUUAUUAUACAAGGACAUACCACAGAAACAGAAAAUAAUAUGAAUUAAACAUUUUAUAUGGUUCUUUUCUAGUAUUUAGUAUAUUUCAAAUGCACUAUUGUCCUUGAAAUAGCCUGGCUAGCUGGCCAUGGUAUUUUGCAUGAGACUUUAGUCAGUUGGGUAACUCUCUCCCAUGAAGAAUUCUAACCAUUUCUUGUUUUUUCUCUUACUGAAUCUUGGGUUGGGUUCUUGGAGAAAGGGACAGCAUGACAGGUUGACAUUCCGUCCCGUUCCUUUUUCUCAUGCUGUUCUGUUUUGUAGGUGGAAUUGUCCUGUAGUUGAGCAGGGAAGGGUCUCUUAGAGCGUGGGGCUGCUUCAGAUGAAGCUAGCAGUUGGGAAAAGUUCAUUUGACCUACAGUGUUCUACAAUGACAAAAAGUGAUGCAAUAGACUAGAGGGCCAGUGGUGGAGUGGCAUAGGGGGUGAGGCAUCUCUCCUCCUGGGCUCCUUAAGAACACAGAGGGGGGCUAGGGUGGAGCUAGGGGCCCUGGGUGGAACUUGAGGUUGAUAAGCUUUAAAGUCACAUUUUAUCCCUUGGAUGGAGGCAUCCUUUCCAUCCCCAAGUUCCAGAGAUGGAGAAAUGUGCGUUAGAGAACCUGGAAACUUCCCAGUUUUUGACCUUAAAACUGGGCUUUAGUGUUUGUAGUGUCUUUUAAGCCUUUCACUUUGUUUCUCCAUUGCAUCCCAAACCUGUAUUCCUCCUGCUAGGGCCACUGUUGUGUCAUCACAGAACUGACUCUUAAGCCUCCCUGGAAUACAAAAUGGUGAGUUGUCACAAAUCCUCGAAGCAUUCUGCUUUCCUGGAUUGUCCUCCACAGCCCAGGGUCCUGGUGAAUGCCCACAUUUCAGUGGGAGUACAGAUGACACUCCUGCUGCCGCCUCCAACCCUUCUCUGGAAAAUUCAGAGAUCAUUUCUGCUAUUAACUCUGUACAAAAGAAGUUAAAAUGAGGCUUUUGGAAGAGUCAGUCACAUAAUGGGAAAGAAUACAUUUGUUAUAACACCAAGAUCUUUACAGACAUUUGUCAUUGUAGUUAGGGGCUAUAUGAUAAACAUUUGCUUUUCCCCCCUCCACUAAUCCACUGACUCUCAUAAGUGAUGAUUUGAAAGAAGAAAACCUGAGUGGCCAGGUUCCAAGUGAAAGGUAACCAUGUGGGCUUGUUUGAAGGAUAGCCAAGUGAGUCCUUUUGAAAACUAACCCAGGGAGUGGCACAUGGCACCUAAGGUAGGUAAUGAGGACGGGUCAGGAGGCCCUGGCCUGGGUAUCAGUUAGAGGAUCCCCUGUGCUGAACCAACCUCUGAGUUCUCAGACUCACAGAUGCUAAGAAGCCAGUGUCUUUGAAUCCAAAGGCCUGACCUUUCCCUGGACUAAGUCAGGGCAGCCGCUCUUGGCAGUUGUCUUGGCAGCUCUUGUUCCUUCCACUUUGGAAAGGAGCAGGGUGAUCCUCAGAUGGGAAUACUUGGAGGCAAAUAGCCAUGCUUCUGUCCUUGCACCCGAACUGAUUUAAAUAGUCUGCCUAAGAGAAGCUCCUGAGCAUGACCCUCACUCUGCCAAGCCUCAGUUCUCUGGGGAACAGGCCCGCCAUCCUAAUAGCUGUAGGUUUUAAUAUACUUCUGGUUUCAAUGCUGCAAGAAGGCAAGCCCCCGAGGGUCUGUCUUCCUGUCAGUAAGAGCUACAUGCGAUUCAAGGGAUGAUGACCUCAGCACUGGUGACUUCUCCGUCCUCAGCACUAGUGACUAUCUCCUGCCAUGCUCUGGGUUCUUCUCUCCCUGCCUUGAAGGACUCCUGAGAAGACUUAAUACUUAGUUUUCUGGUGGAAGCAUCAAAAUCUAUCCAUUUCAGCAAAAACUGUCAAACCAAUUCACACUUAGGUUCUGGGCAGAGAAAAAGAAAAUUACACCUUGUUUACAAAUGAAAUAGUUUCAUUUAAAUGGGACUUUCGCCAAGGCAGUUAAUUAGUCAAAAGUUCCAUGGUAGUCACAAGUUUCUUGGUGUUUAUUCCAUUUGGUAUGUCUACUGCUGAUAUGUAUGUAAUAUUCUGCAUCCUUCUCAGGAAAUGACAAAUGCCCUGAAUUCUUUGCAAAUAGAAUUGCUAAUGAAAAAGAAAGUUGGUGUUAAUUAAAUGAUGAUUAAAAAUUUAUUUCCCUUAAACCCAAAAAGUGAAGCUUUAAUAAUUACUUGUCAUAUAAAUAAAUACCUUGCAUUGAGGUUCCUUGUGGUUUAAGACCUAAAUAAAUACUGAUUCAAGAAAUCAAAAUCCCUUUCAUAGGAGGUGAAGGUACCCAGUGGCAUGAUGCACAUUCCUGCACUGUUUCUUUGUGUGGAGCUGUCUUGUGUGAAUCCUUCAGAAAAGGAGAGAAGCUAUUUCAAGGUAGAGCUGUUUGGCACUAACUUUGGCUAUAACAGACUUACCUGGACUUCAAGAAAUAGAAUUUAAACAGGAGGAAGCCAAAUUUAUAAGUCCAUAUUUAAUAGUAAUUCAAGCUCUAAAGGAAAGAGUCUUAGGGUUGGAGAGAUGGCUCAGUGGUUAAGAGCACUGGCUGCUCUUCCAGAGGUCCUGAGUUCAAUUCCCAGCAA